AUGAAUUCGUAUACAAAUUCGGUUCUAUUCUUAAUAUAUAUUUUAAUAACAUACCAAAAUGUUAUCGACGGUGUUGAUGUAAAGUUGACAAAUUUACAAUGUAAAUCCUUAAAUGAAAGCGUUGUCAAAUUUAGUGAGUGUCGUUUGAAGUUCAUACGACGUGGUGUGGUUGGUAUGAAUAUCAGUGUUAACGUUUUGCAGCCAUUACCGGAUAUUUUUAUGGAAAUGGGUUUCUUCAAGCGUGCCAAUGGUUAUAAACCAUUUUUCUACAAUCAAACCGUGGAUCUUUGUAAACUGCUUAGCAAUGCGAAAUAUAAUGUCGUCGCAAAAAUAUUACUUGAUAUUAUGUCGGGAUAUACGAAUUUGAAUCACAGUUGUCCAUAUAAUCAUGACAUAAUUGUAAGAAACCUAAUUCUGACUGAAUCUCAUUUCAAAAUACUCCCCUUGCCAACGGGAGAAUAUAUGCAGCAGCUGUUGAUGGGUACACAUGGCAAGAGAAAUGUCAUAACUGGUGAUAAAUGGGAUUGGGGCUAA